CAUUCCGACCAAAGGGAUUCUUUAAGCAAAAGAAAAAAAGAUAUUUAUAUUACUUCAAUUGUAGCUUCGGGUUCAGUUUUGUGCAACCUCUCCAUACAAGAGCAGUGCGAAAAUUUACGAUUAAAAUAUUAGUGCUCAAGGAAUUGACACUGCGUGAUAAGAAACGAUAAGAACCGAACAAGAUGAGGUUCUGGAACAUUCCGUUACUAGCGACGGGAGCUGUGCUAUUGGCAUUGAUCAUUGGUGAAAUUAGUUGUGAUGUGCGCGAUCUAGAUGGGAAUGAUUUGAAUUACAAUGUGAACAGUAGGCAGCAUGGACUUCCCCAAACGGAUCCUUCCACAUCUGCGGGUCGUGGAUUUGCCGACUCCGCGAAAGAUUUGAUUAUGAGUCCUGCUGGUCAGUUGGCGGUAUCAUUCGCUAAAGAAAUGAUCAGUCGAUCUGCUGGGAAUAAUCAGGUUUUAAGUCUCAACCUAACAAACCUGCUAAUUCUAUUCCUGCUGAAAGCCCUUAUCUUUGCUGCUGGUCUGAUUGGCGCCGGAAACUGGGGUGCUUACGGCCGAGGAAGGAGUGAAGGAGGAUCGCUUUUCUAUCCGGGUGAGACGGGCCUCAUGAUUGGCUAUCUGGCGGCUGAAGGUUCCGGCCAGGAAGGCUGCAUGUUGCAAAGCGCUUGUAUGUCACCGCACACGGCCAACGAGUACGCCCGGGCAGCGAACGCGCUGGUCAAGGGAGCGGAAAUAUUCGACCCGGAAAUUCCCAAGAGCAGCAAGUACAAUCGGCUGCUGAUUCAACUCGAUCGGGCCAUCAUGGAGGGACUUCAGGGUGCACCGUGUGAUAUGAUCUAUCCUUGCCAUUUGUAGAGGCUCACCGGGUUGUGCGUUCUAUCUGUAUAGUGUAUCUUUCAAGAAAGGAGCAAGGAAUUUUGGCUGAAAGAAAAGAUUGCGUUUUUGUUUGAUUGAGCGAUAACAUUCCUUGGAGCUUUAUUGUUAAUCAGUCUAGACCAUCUCAGAAGAAGAUUCAGCCGCAUCUAC